AUGGUAAAUUUUAUAAAAAAUUCAAUAUUAGCGUUAUUUCAAUUUGUUAUUCGUAUAUUUAAAAAAGCCGUUUGUUGUUUUCGUCGAAGACGUAGAUUAUCAGGUGAUUCCGUUACUUUGACUAAUAUCGGUAUCGUACCCAAUGUUGAAAAGGAUUCGGAUUUGCAAACGUGGAAUUCAUGGGAUUCAAAUUCGAUUGAUAAAAGUCCCACAAUGAUUACAACGGUUAAACCAAUUGAUCCUGUACAACAGCAAAUCGAAUUGUACAGACAGCAAAGAAUUAAUUUAGCACAAAAUGAAGACAUUCCAGAGACUAAAAUAGAUUAUUUUCAAGAUAUGACUCCGAAAAUUGUAAGGCAAGCAAAAAUGUACUUACCAUCCGAAAAUGAAGAAAGUAUUAAUUCAUAUAAUUUUUCAUUAGCACCUGAUCCUGCAUUCAAAUCUUCCGAAUUAGGGAUCUGGGAAGAAAAUCAAACUUGGGAAGAUCAAACGGAACAAGACUGGGAUGCUAAUGAUAUGAUUAGAGAAAAGAAAAAAGUCGACAGGGAAGAAAGAUUGGCAAAGCAACAGAAAAAGAAAAUGGAACGUAAAGCCAGAUUACCCAUCGGAGUUCCUUCAUAA